AUGGUAGACUCUACCAAGCUUACAGCAGCCCAGAAGGUGUUAUCAACAUACGAACUAAUCAGCGAGAUCCUUCAAAAUACCAUCGACGCGACUAGCGAAACCUCACAACACAGUCCAUCUUCCUGGUACUCAAUGCUGGCAAAGUAUAGCCGCAUCAACAAAUCCUGGUGUCGUGAAGCAAUGCGCCUCCUCUGGCCAAAUGGAACAGCAGUCAAGCACUGCUCACUGAUUCAGGUCUUAGCCUCAGUCGAGCCCAGCCGCAGACAAUUCUACGCCAAUUACAUCCAAAGCGCCUGUUUUGUGGACGUCUGCAAAGCAAACAUCCGCAAAAACAAUAAAAUUCUCCGUGGGAUGGUCUUCCCCAAACUUCAGUACCUGGCUGUCAUCAUUAAGCAGCAUUAUCGACAAAAACUCUGGAUGCCGUAUCUUAAUGCCCCGCGACUUGAAGCUUUGAAAAUUCGACUGGCGACUGUACAGUGGACUGGUCAGUACAGGAAUGUCAAAGCGACGUUUGGGGAAAAAAACCGGCGGGGACCAUCGCUCCAGUCAAGCAUAGCGAUAAGGCUCAUCCGCCGCAUUCAGGUGCGUUACAUGUCCCGCUCAUAG